AUGUUGUAUCGCUAUGCCUUGAACGCGUUGCCGAAAGCAACCGCCAGACUUAAAAAUUAUUUUUUGAAGAAAUCGGAACGCGUUGCAGAAAACGCAAAACAUGCGGGCCGAAGGCCCGCAUGUCGAUUUUAUGCUUAA